AAAAGCCAGGAUGCAUUGUGCUUUUUUGCUGCAGGGGUGCCCCACUCAUAUUUGGCCGGUGCACACUUACUAUGGGGUGGCUUUGCAUCGCCCUGGCAACGUGCGUGCUGGUGUCGCGCUGUGUGAAAGGCAACGACUGGUGGUGGAAGUAUGAAGAAGGGAUACGACAAUACAGCAAGGAGGCCCUCACCAAGGAGUUUCCAGAAAAAACUCGUCCAAUCAGCUUCAAGCAUCCGGUCUUCCAGUGUCCGGAUAUGAGCCCCUCUACUUCAGCCCCCUCCUCAGUGGAGCUGGUGAAGGCGGCUGAUAUCAAAGUCGUCGCCGCUCUGGGAGAUUCUCUCACAACGGCCAUCGGCGCCAACGCCACCACCGUCCUCGGGAUUCCCAUCGAGUUUCGUCACGUUUCCUGGAGCAUCGGCGGCUACGGCUCGUACGAGGACGUGAUCACUUUACCCAACAUCAUCAAACUCUUCAAUCCCAACCUGCUGGGCGCCGCUCGGGGGAAGACGGUCCACGGCAUGGAGGCCCACCUCAGCCAGACCGGCCUCAAUCUGGCCGUGACGGGGCAUAACACCUUCAACCUCCCCAGCCAGACCAGACAUUUGAUUGACACCCUCAGAGGCUACGAGGGUUUGAACUUUGAGCAGGACUGGAAGCUUCUAACCAUCCUCAUGGGCAUGAACGACAUCUGCGACUACUGCAAAGACAAGGCUCUUUUCUCGGCGGAGAACUUCAUUCACUACAUGACCGUCUCCUUGGAAAUGCUGAUGAACGAGGUUCCUCGUAUGAUCGUGAACGUGGUGCAGAUUCUUCCCAUGCAGACUCUCCGGGAGGUGCACAAGCCCACGCCGGGCUGCCUUCUCCAGCGCUCUUUCUGCUCGUGUCUGAUCGAACCUGUGGGUCGCUCGGCUGAGCUGCGUGAGCUGGUGGAGGUCAAUCUGGAGUUCCAGAGAAGACUGGAGGCCAUGCUGCGCGGCGACCGCUUCUUCAGGGAGGACUUUGCCGUGGUUCUGCAGCCGUUUUUAAAACACGCCGACCCUCCUCGCCUCCCGCAGAGCGGCAAGAUCGACAUGACCUUCUUCACCCACGACUGCUUCCACUUCACCAUCAAAGGUCACGAAGAGCUGGCCAAAGGACUGUGGAACAACAUGUUUCAGCCUGAGGGAGACAAGACGGUCGUAAGCAGUUUCUCUGACCCCAUCAGCCUCGUCUGUCCACCCGUGGAGCAUCCGUACAUCUUCACCCGGCCCGCCUCGGCCCAGCCCGGACUUCACUGCGGACGAGACGCUCCAUCGCUGGCGGCCGCCUCCUCGCUGCUAUGGCUCCUCGUGGCGUCGUCGUCGGGGCGUCUUGGUUUGUUGUAGCUCAGCAGAGCAGGCGACCACGCCCACUGAGGCUUUAUUAGCUGUCUGGGGAAGACGUACCGUAAGUGUUGGCUAUCAGGAAGUGUGUCAAUGAUCUAUCAAUAAUGAGCUACACUCCACGGGAUGGACAUUUCAACAAUAAUUUUCAUCUCUUUUUAAUUUCUGUCUGUUUCUUGUUUUUACCUUGGAAAAACAAAUAUAUUUAUAAAGCUUUAUUUGGACUAUUUGGACUUUUU